UUCUUGGCACAGAGACGCGUCCACGUUGUUCCCACUGUCUGCCUCCCUCUCCUCCCUUCCUCUCUCGCUCUCUCUCUCUCUCUCUCCCCCUCUGCUUACAGUGUACACCUAUCUGUCUCCCACAAGCAUCAGCAGUCUCUCCAUCAGUCUCCGCGAUACGGGCGCUACUACGGCGCAAAGCAUGGCACCUCUGCGCCCCGAAGAACCGGUCUCCGCCGCUGCGCACCUCUGCGUCUUUCUGUUGACCACCUCGGCCUGGAUGGCACUGCCGGGACCCGUGCGCGGUGGCAGCGGGGUUUUAAACCGGCGCGCCGGGGAGGAUCGUACGCUUGACAUGGGCGGCGGAGAUGGAGGCUCCCCGCCGGGCUUCCAGGCGGACACGGAUGAGGAAGCGGACGGCGCGGGGAGCUCACCCCGCCUCAGGAGAGCGCUGUCCUGGGAUAAGCAGAUGUCCCUGCUCAGCAGCUCGUUCGUGCUCAAAGGGGAUGCGACCCACAACCAGGCGAUGGUCCACUGGACGGGAGAAAACAGCAGCGUCAUCCUGAUCCUGACCAAGUACUACCACGCUGACUCCACCAAGGUGCUGGAGAGCUCGCUGUGGAGGUCAACUGACUACGGCACGACUUACACCAAACUCAACCUGAUGCCGGGAACAACCAUCGUGGUGACAAGUUUCUACAUCUGCCCAACCAACAAGAAAAAGGUGGUACUGGUGGGUUCAUCCAUAAAUGAACGCGACCAGAUGCUGUUCCUCAGCACAGACGAAGGUUCCUCCUUCCAGCGGCAGUCCAUCGCCUUCACCCCAGAAACGCUCAUCUUCCACCCCGAGGAGGAAGACAAGCUGCUGGCGUAUUGCAAAGAGGGCAGGCUCUUUGCUUCCACAGAUCUGGGCCGCAAGUGGACUUUACUUCAAGAACGGGUGACGAAGGACAAAGUCUUCUGGUCUGUAUCUGGUGUGGAUGUGGACCCUGAUCUGGUGCACAUGGAAAUGCAAGACACAAGUGGAGGUUACCUGUACGUCACCUGUCUCAUCCAGAACUGCUCGGAUAAAAUGGUGACGGCUCAGUUCCUCGGCAAAAUCGACCACAACUCGCUGCUGGUGCAGGAUGACUACAUAUUUGUCAAGGUCACCACGGGGAAUCGUACGAAGCACUAUGUGUCCUAUCGCCGCAACGAGUUUGUCCAGAUGAGGUUUCCCAAGUACGCCCUGCCAAAGGAUGUUCAGAUUGUGAGUACAGACGAGAACCAGGUCUUCCUCGCCCUGCAGGAGUGGUACCAGUCGGACACCUAUAACCUCUACCAGUCCGAUCCCCAAGGCGUCUACUACUCCAUCGUUCUGGAAAACGUUCGCAGCACCAAGCAGCCCGAGGAGAACGUCCUCAUCGAUAUCCUGGAGGUGCGUGGCAUCAAAGGAGUGUUCCUGGCCAAUCAGAAGACCGACGGAAAAGUGACAACCCUCAUCACCUAUAACAAAGGACGCGAUUGGGAACCUUUGGCCCCUCCUACCACCGACAUGAACGGCAAACCAGUCAGCUGCAAAGCGCCGGAUUGCCACCUCCACCUCCAUCUGCGCUGGGCGGACAACCCCUACGUGUCCGGGACUGUCCACACCAAAGACUCUGCUCCAGGUCUCAUCAUGGGUGCAGGUAACCUUGGCUCCAAGCUAGUGGAGUAUAAGGAAGAGAUGUACAUCACUUCAGACUGUGGGAAGACAUGGAGACAGGUUUUCGAGGAGGAGCAUCACAUCCUGUAUCUGGACCACGGUGGGGUCAUCGUUGCCAUCAAGGAUACUUCUAUUCCCCUCAAGAUACUCAAGUUUAGCAUCGAUGAAGGACGGACAUGGAACGUUCACAACUUCACCAGCACCUCCGUGUUCGUCGAUGGACUCCUGAGCGAGCCGGGGGACGAAACCCUGGUCAUGACUGUGUUUGGUCACAUCAGCUACAGGUCAGACUGGGAGUUGGUCAAAGUGGACUUCAGGCAGUCUUUCCCCCAUCAGUGCACUGAGUCUGAUUAUGAGUCCUGGCAGCUCACUGAUCUGCAGGGAGAGAAGUGCAUUAUGGGCCAGGAACGGACUUUUAGAAAGAGAAAGGACACGGCGUUCUGUAUCAAAGGGAAAAGCUACAUCUCUGCUCUCACCAACAAAUCCUGCCAGUGCACUGAGAAAGACUUCAACUGUGACUAUGGUUUUGAGCGAUCCCACACUGAGGGCGAACGCUGCUUCGCUGACUUCUGGCACGAUCCGGAUUCGCCACCCGAAGACUGUCAUCUAGGACAAAACUACGAGUCCAGCACUGGCUACAGGAAGGUGAUAUCUAAUGUAUGUGAUGGAGGGCUAAACAAGCAGCAAAGCACAAAACAGCACAGCUGCCCCUUGUUGCCUCCUAAAGGACUACAGGUCGGCAUAAAAGGGCAGAUGCUGGCUGUGGCACCAGGUGAUGACAUCACAUUCAUUGUCCACCAGGAGCAGGGCGACACCAGCAGCACCAAGUACCAGGUGGACCUGGGUGAUGGAGUUCGAGCCAUUUACCAGAACCUGACGGUGACGGAUGAACCCAUCCAGCACCGCUAUGAAAACCCAGGAGUUUAUAAGGUCACAGUGAAGGCCGAGAACAUGGCAGGACAUGACGAAGCCACCAUGUACAUCCAGGUCACAGCCCCUCUACAGGAAGUGCACCUGGAAGUGGUUCCCAUCGCUGGAAGGAACCACGAGGUCAACCUGACAGCCAUAGUUCUUCCCACUGAGGCCAACAUGACCGUCUUUUACUGGUGGAUAGGAGACAGCCUCCGGCCCACGCUGACUCUGCAGAACAGUCUUCUGACUCGUUUUCCAGAAGCAGGAGAAGUUUCUGUCACCGUCCAGGCUUCCAACGGCCGAUCCAUGGUGCAGGACACCAGGACCGUCCGAGUCUAUGAUAACUUCCAGGUCAUCCCCCUGAGCUUCAGCAGGAACCUGGACCGCUUCAACCCAAACAUUCCAGAGUGGAGAGACGACAUUGGCCAAGUGGUCACCAAAAUACUGGCCAAGAUCACAGGCGUACCUCUGGAGUCGCUGGUAACAGUGGUAAAACCAGGCCUCCCCACCACUGCUGACCUGUACAUCCUCCCACUGGACAGCAAACCAGCCAAGACGAGCAUGUUUGUAGAUAAGCGUAUUCCAGCCAUCAUGCAGGCCUUCAGCGACAACAACGUCAGCUUUGUGGUGCGAGGAGGUCUACAAGUACUGGUGAUGCUAGCUGACCCAAACGCAGGCUACCAUGGAGCGGCAGGAAGUCCAGGUGUCUGGGCUCUGGCAGUCAUUUUUCUAAUCAGCAUCAUUGCAACUGGUUCCUUCAUCCUCUACAAGUUCAAAAGUCCUUGGCUUAGGACUGAGGAUGCCUAUCCCCCGCUGUUUUUCAGGAAGCUUCCAGGCAGCCGCAACGUCUACGCCCAGAUGCACAACGAGAAGGAGCAGGAGAUGACCAGCCCUGUCAAUCACAGCGAGGACACCCAGCACAUCAUCCAGGGCGAGGAGUUCAUCGACGACGACCUGGACUCGCAGACUCUAGGUAACGCAGGAGGUAGCCCCGCCUUCCGUUCCCUUAUAAGGACGACCACUAACCACUGCUACUAAAACCCAAGCCACUAACACCAGCAGCUAACACACACCAAGGCAACCAUUCGGGUGUGGUCCUGAGCAUCAACUCCAGAGAACUGCACAGUUACCUGACCAGCUGAUGGCUACCAUGGCAACGCUGAUGAGCUAGCCCAGCCGAGCCGAGCCGGCUAACGAGCACAGGGACUCCACUUUGCCUUCCUCCUUCCCUCUCCUCCUCCUCCUCCUUGGACACCUCACCUCCACUCCACGGCCUCUUCAACUCUUCUGCUCCAGCUUUUUGUGUGACUUUUGUUGUUGUUUGUUUUUUGUGAGCCUGAUGGAGGGGCUUCUCCAUGAGUCUCUUCCUGCUUUUCUUUUUUUUGUGUGUGUACUUUACAUCCCCUGUAAGCCACUUUUCACACCAGCCUUGGACACCCAGCAAGGAUGGAGGUCUUGAUCGCUCAUCUGUGUUGCAUAAGGGAAAAAAAAAAAGAAUAAUCUGUGCGUAUGUUGUCUAUCUUAACACAUUAAAAAUCAGCAAUCACUGCACUGAUUCUCAGUCAGAGAGGGUUGAACCAUCUUAGCCUGUGGACACUGAAGCUAGCCAAAGACUGGUGUGCUGAGAUGAUUUCUGAGCACUUAAAUAGGUUGCAUUUAGAUAGCGGAGUCAGAUGAAAGGCAAACGUGCUUUUAUUCUUCCCAACCUGUUGUUUCUUUCUACCUUUGUACCCACUCCACCACUCUCUUUUCAAAGGCAAUAAUAAUCUCGAUGGAAUGUAGGAUGUGAUGAAACCCUUGUGAACGUGCAUCUGAAGAGUGUACGCAUGCAAACCACAAGAGGGCGGUGUUGCACUUUCUUCAAUUUUUUCCCCAGUCGCAGGUACUCGGAGAGCUUGGCUGCUGUAUGUACACACGGCUUUGUUCGUUCUUCAAAACGCAUUCACGUCAUUGUGUUUAAAAGUCACAACUUUACAGAAGCUUGGUGUUUGGAAUCACUACCACUGUCCCAUGGUGCCUAAAGCAGCAGAUGCAGAUCUGCUCAGUGACAUUACCUGUUGUCGAGUUAUUUCUAAAAAAAAAUCUGUAAGGCCCUUCCUCCUCCUCCUCUUCCUCCUCCUCCUCCUGAUCCUCCUCGUUCCCCUGGAGACAAAGGUUGCCGUCAAGGAGGGAAGGUGUAGUUGAUAUAUUGUACUGUAUCAGCCUAUAUUAGGCACAGCCCACGUUGGAAUCAUGUCUCCUUAAAGGUUUGGUUUGAUGUAUGUAAAUGUGUAAAUACAAACGGUGAUCUCCACUUUGUACAUAUUCCCUUUGACGUGUGUGUGUGUGUGUGUGUGUGUGUGUGUGUGUGUGUGUGUGUGUGUGUGUGUGUGUGUGUGUGUGUGUGUGUGUGUGUGUGUGUGUGUGUGUGUGUGUGUGUGUGUGUGUGUGUGUGUGUUUUACACUACUACCAAAAUACAUGGCUUUUUUUUUUCUUUUCUGUUUUUCUUGGAUGACCUGCCACCGAGUUUCCUAAAUUUGCGGAACGUCUCACUGUUUCCAGCUUUCAUCGUUGCCUGCUUCGCACAUUUUCAAUAUUUUCAGUGUAAUCUCCUGUUUCACCGUCUCCAUUUGUCGACUGGAAGCAGCUUCAUUGUCUUCUAAAGAUACUCACAGCCGCACAGUGACGACUAUGUAUAUGGAUAUUUUUGAUACACCUGUCGGUUCUUUCCGUGUGCGUGUAAACACUGUUCCUGUUGCCUUUUUUAUUUUUAUUUUUUUUGCUGAAGUCUUUUCAUUUGUUCGAUUGCACUAAUGAUGUAAGCAGUUGCUGUCGCCACGCACCGGAUGGCAGCUGACAGAUUCUACAAACUGAAUUUAAAAAAAGGUCUUUUGGAUUGAAAGGCCUCUACAGACUACCAAUGCUACUGUUAUCGCCAAGAUCACCCUUGGGUUCAUCCUGUAUUUGACACAGCAGAUUCACUCGCUCUGGUUUCCACCUUAAUUCAUCUUUUGUACAUAUUCUGCUCAUGUUCAACUUGUUCUUAGUUUUCUAGUGAUGUGUCGUCAUUGUAUCGAUGUCCCCUUCAACUAAAGGGGAAGUGGGGAUUAUGAUAUUCCAAUGUAAUAGUCGAGGAGUUUCACAGAUGAUGGCACCGUCAGUGUAAUUUUGACCACGCUGUUUUUUUUCUUUUGUUUUCUUCUUUCGGCUGGUUUGUUUGAUCUCUUGAUUUUGCUAUUAAAAACAAUUGUGUGUCCUCUUCAGGAAGUGUAGUUCACUCAACCUGCAUCCUGGAAUAAAUCACUCCCAAAACUUGUA